AUGCUUCGAGAUCACGUCCUUCAGGCUUUAGAGGAUGUCAAUACGUUACACUACAAGCCGCUGUGGCUAGAGUCUAAGAAUGAAAAAGAGGAGCUAAUAUUGGAGGUAUUCAGUUUCGGUAAAAUAAAAGACGUACCGGAGAGUCUACGGUGCAUAUUAACGGCACUUAUGUGGACGAAGCUGAGGAAACUGACGUUACUAGAUUUGUUUUGUCGCCAUCGAACUCUCAACACCGUAAAUUUGCAAACAGAGUGUGAGAUGGAGUCGGCCCUAGAAGUCGAACAACUUGCGAUGUCUCUGGGGAAGUGGGUCGACAUAAGUAUUGAUCAAGUUGGCGGUGAAAUUCAUGUGCUUCGAUGUCACGAAAGUCGAGACGUUUACGAUGGCGAAAAGAAGUUGCACCUUGUCUCUGGAGUCGACUCGAGACUCACGCUCUUACAAGACCUACGCGUUUGGAAGGAACGGAUUGAAUAUGAAUUAUGA